AUGUCAUCAGUCAGAGGCAAUCUAUGCCGCCGCAUAUACGAUGAAUUGUCACAGCAGUUCUCCGAAGAAGUUAGCGAGCUAGUCAAACGAUAUGGAUACAGCAUGGAAAAUGUCAACUGCUGUAUGAAAAGGUUGUUGAAGAUUGCUGAAAGUCGUGACCCAACUCCAAAUGAUCUGACUAUGAGCGCAGCACUGAAAAACAUGUCAAAGGACCACCUGGAGCAAUUCUUUCGCAUUUUCCGCAAUCUUGUUAAAUUUGAAGAAAAUAAAAGAAAGAAAGAGGAAAUUUGUGGUGGCUCUGCAGAUACGCAAAAGAAUCACAAUGGAUGCUUUGCACGUGCUUCUGAAUUUCAUUCUGGCAACAAUGUUCGCCGACAAGCUGAGUAUGUAAGCACUGAAGACUCAUCCGAGGAAAUCGAAGAACUCAGUGAUAGUUCUGAUUCUCAGCCAAUUGGAGAGAAUCAGUACGAAGUUGAGCGCAUAAUCUCCCGAAUUAAAAACGCCGACGGAAGUUAUGUGUACCAUGUCAAAUGGGUUGGCUACGAGUCAUCGUCAGAACCUGAGAAUUUCGUUGACGAAAAGGACAUGUUGUGCCCAGAUCUUAUAAAAGAAUUCGAGGACUUAGAGCGGCUGAGGAUAAAACUGAGAGCAAAGAAACUCAAAAAGCAAGCUCUGCUGGCAAGAAAACGAAAGCUGGAAGCAGAACAACGGAGAAGAACUUUGAAUACCUUCUCUGCGUCGAAGUUUUCAGACGAAGAUGAAAGUGAAGGCAGCAUUAAUCGAAAUGUAUGCGAAGUUAUAGACAUGUGUUCCAGUGACAGUUCAUCCAGUGAAGAGAAUUUUCCCACGCACUCAUCAAAGCUGCCGAAAAGCUAUUCAAACUGUACGCAUGAAAAGAGCGAAAGAAAAGAAAUUGUAGAAAAAUCACCGGUUCGGAAAGAUGAUCACUACGAUGGUUUCAAAUACGUAAGAAGAGAGUCUGAUGGCUUCCAGAAAGGUUACAAGGUGGUCAAAGUCAGCGUAGUCACAGAACAUCCUAUCAGUGGUCGUGUUGUUGGAGUUGUUGUGUUCGCUCAUCCAGAUGGAGAGGAGUUUGCUCAGUACAUCCCUCUACGCGAAAUACAUCAACAUGCUCCUAUGGAGCUUCGUCAAUACUUCCUCACUGCCAAUACUAGUGAUCAAAGGAGUCUUGCAUUGUCGCUUGUUCUACAGAAACCUAAUAAAUUACAGUGA